GUUGGAUGGUUCCAGAAGGAGCUUCGCUGUCGCUGUGUGUCGAAGAAUAAAAAUCAGUUAUUUCCCCUGUUUGCUGUCCAACACUUCUUCUCGCUUUGUUUCCUUCAGUCCUUUGAAGAAGAAGAAGAUGUUGAGUGCAGCUCGAAGCUUUUCUCGCUCGCUGCCGAGCAGCUGCGUCAGAAACGCGUCCGCCGUCAUCAAAAAGGCAUGCUGGAGUGGUGUAAGACCAGAUGUUCUCAGAACCCUUUCCAGGAGGGAUUAUGCGUCGGAAGCUGUAAAGGGUGCAGUUAUUGGCAUUGACCUCGGAACCACCAACUCAUGUGUUGCAGUCAUGGAGGGUAAACAGGCCAAGGUGCUGGAGAACGCAGAGGGAGCGAGGACAACUCCUUCAGUCGUUGCCUUUGCAGCAGAUGGGGAGCGUCUGGUGGGCAUGCCCGCUAAACGCCAGGCUGUUACUAACCCCCAGAACACAUUGUAUGCCACCAAGAGACUCAUAGGACGACGCUUUGAUGAUCCCGAGGUCCAGAAGGACAUUAAGAAUGUACCCUACAAGAUCGUGCGUGCGUCUAACGGGGACGCGUGGGUGGAAGCUCAUGGGAAGCUGUACUCCCCCAGUCAAGUUGGAGCCUUUGUUCUGAUGAAGAUGAAGGAGACAGCAGAGAACUACUUUGGAACUAAAGUGAAGAAUGCAGUCAUCACUGUCCCAGCCUACUUCAACGACUCACAGAGACAGGCUGACAAAGAGUCAGAGCUCUAUACAUGGUCCUGCACAGCACGCAGACUUAGAUUUUUGGUGGAUUGUCUCUGGCAGACGGACAUCAACCUUCCUUACCUGACGAUGGACUCCUCUGGCCCCAAACAUCUCAACGUGAAGCUGACCCGCUCUCAGUUUGAAAGCAUCGUCGCUGAGCUGAUCCGCCGCACUGUGGCUCCGUGCCAGAAGGCUAUGCAGGACGCUGAGGUGUCCAAGGGAGACAUCGGAGAGGUGCUGCUGGUGGGAGGCAUGACCCGCAUGCCCAAGGUUCAACAAACUGUUCAGGACCUAUUUGGCCGUGCUCCCAGCAAGUCUGUCAACCCCGAUGAAGCUGUUGCCAUUGGCGCGGCCAUACAGGGCGGUGUUUUGGCUGGUGAUGUCACCGACGUGCUGUUGUUGGAUGUCACGCCUCUUUCAUUGGGCAUCGAGACUCUUGGUGGAGUCUUCACCAAACUCAUCAACAGGAAUACAACAAUUCCCACCAAGAAGAGCCAGGUGUUUUCCACAGCAGCUGAUGGACAGACUCAGGUGGAGAUCAAAGUGUGUCAGGGUGAGAGGGAGAUGGCUGCAGACAACAAGGUGCUGGGUCAGUUCACCCUGGUGGGAAUACCUCCUGCCCCUCGUGGGGUUCCUCAGAUUGAGGUCACAUUCGACAUUGAUGCCAAUGGUAUCGUCCACGUCUCUGCCAAAGACAAGGGUACUGGCCGUGAGCAGCAGAUUGUCAUCCAGUCGUCUGGAGGUCUGAGCAAAGACGAUAUUGAGAACAUGAUUAAGAACGCUGAGAAGUAUGCCGAGGAGGACCGCAGGAGGAAGGAUCGCGUGGAAGCCGUCAAUAUGGCCGAGGGUAUCGUCCAUGACACGGAGUCCAAGAUGGAGGAGUUCAAAGACCAGCUGCCUGCUGACGAGUGCACCAAGCUGAAGGAUGAGAUCUCAAAGGUGAAGAAUCUUCUGGCUAACAAGGACUCUGAAACGGGAGAGAACAUCAAACAGGCGGCCAUCAACCUGCAGCAGGCAUCUCUCAAACUCUUCGAAAUGGCCUACAAGAAGAUGGCGUCAGACCGGGAGAGCAGCACAAGUUCCAGCUCUUCAGCAGAAGAAGAGAAGAAAGAAGGCCAGCAGUAGACCUUUGGGCUUAGUUGUCAUGGUGAUGCCAUGGCAGCAGAGGACUGAUGGAGGGGGAGGGCGCCCUCUGGCUGACAGUGGGUGUGCGUCUCUCUCCUCCACUCUCACAAUGAUAUAUGAAACCGUUUUGUCAGUAAAAUAGUAUAAAGAUGUGAUUCAGCUCCCGUCUCAGAUUCAUGUCUAUUUUUACAAAGCUGUCAAUUUUUAUUAGAAGUUAAACUUUGUCACUUCAUGUGCAUUUGUUUAGUUUGUGUCCUUUAAAACGUUCAUUGUGAUGAAGGUCGGUGCCGUUGCUAUAGAGACCGUCAUGUGUCCACACAUUGCAAUUGGUCGACAUCAGCUGGUUGAAAUCUGUUUAAGGACGCGUCAGUCUGAGGACACUGUCCAGGAUCCUUUUUUUCCAUCAGCUGCUGCUUGAGAACAUUUAGUUACUUUCUCGGAUUUUGUCCUUUUUUUUUGUUUGUUUUGUUUUCUUUGUUUUCUUUAGGUUCUUUGCGUCCCAUCGUGUCCACGCCAAGUGAGCAUGUGCUGGUUUCUCUGUAGUGAUGAUGUUUAAUAAAAAGAGAAGCAGAGCCCAGGAGACAUGUUGGACACGCGGACUGCAGCUUUGACCUCACCGUGUCAUUCCCUGCCAUGUAGCUGCGCGCCGACUGAACAUCCUCUCUAAAAAUCAGUCCACCCAGGCUUCACUGCACAUCUGAGUCUGACUCGCUUCACCCAGAGCCAUCAAAUGGAUUCAUGUGAUUAUUAACCAUCAGAUGACAAAAUAAAACAUCUUAAAUCAUUCUGGAGUCAGUUUGAAGCAGAAACGAGGUGAUAAAUCAGAGAGUCGCGGCUGACGCUUUGAAAUAACGUAGGUGCAGCGGCACGUCAGCCUCAGAUGUUCUGCUUGUGGCGCUCUGAAUGCUUCCUCCGUCUUUUAUUCUGAAAUAAUGCUGAAUUUAUGUAGAAAUGAUUGUUGUCGAGAAGCUUCAGAUGUCUGUGGCUGAGACAGACGAUGACUGAAGACAGUUUGAAGCAGAGACACGUCUGAUGACACAAGCACAGUGAAGGCAGGGUGGGCUGAUAUUUAGGGGGGGGACUGUUCAGUUGGUGACACCGGUGAUCCAGGACGCAGCAGAGCAUCGUAAUUUAAAACGGUAAAUAAAGUGUGUGGAUUACAAAGUGGAAUUCUGACUGGUUCUGGGUCUUGAUGCUGUUUUAUGAUGUAAAUCAAUGUAGAAUAAUCUCACGUGUGUGUGCCUGUGCGUGUCCUCAGAAGAUAAAGACUAUGUUGUUGAAAAGAAUAGAACUUUGUUAGAAAUAAAGCAGUAGCUUUACACCUGUU